AUGGCUGCCGGCGCUGCAGAAGCCCUCCGAUCCCGCAAGGAGCCUGGUGAAUGGAGAGGAAAUAAGGGCAAGCAUGUAUUGACUACAGCUGUCACCAACGGGUUAAUUAAUAAGGACCCCAAGAAGCCCCAGACGCACCAUGUCAUUGACACAACCCUUUCGGGGCUCGACGGUCGCCAAGCCAGUAAGCAUCGAUCUCGAUCUCAAGAUCGAGAUGGUACGAGUCGUACAACGAACGAUAUCAAGAAAAUUGCCGCGGCAGGCGCACUGGCUUGGGCGGGAAAGGAGAUAUAUGACCGAUUUGACCGCUCGCGAUCCCGGGCACGAGACCGAGGCUAUGACAGUCGAUAUAGCGAUGAUGGGCGCCGCGGGUCCAAGAAGCGCAGUAAGAGUGUCUCAGAUUACAUCCACCGAGGAAUGGCUGCUCUAGGUCUCGAAGAGAGCAAUGACCGAAGGAGAAAUCGAAGCAAAGACAGAGAUGGUCGAUCAGAUCGCCGGGAGCGAGACUACCAUCGCCAACGCGACUACAGUGAUGUAGACAGAGACAGAGGUCGGAGUUUCCGCUAUGACGAGUAUUCAGAUUCAGACGGGGAUAGCGACUAUCGCAGAGAUUACCUGAGACGUGACCGAGGCUCCACGGAUCUAACUCGAACACGUUCCCUGAAUAGCAGCAAACCUCCCACCGGCGCUCCACGUUACAUCGGGUACGCAGAAACUGCCUCGCACGAGGAUGACUGCUCUUGUUCGAAUAGUGACACCGAUUUAGGCGACAGCUCUGACGAGAAAAAGAAGCAGAAAAAAUUGAAGCGUGAUAUGCUAUUAGCCUCUGGUUUAGCCACUGUGGCGAGCAUCCACGCCGCGCACGGAGUCUACGAAUCAGUGAACAAGCGCAAGCAACGCAUGCAACAACUGAAGAAUGGAGAGAUCACUCCUGAACAGGCACGCAAGGGGCGCAUCAAGGCUAAUACGCUUGAUGCGGCCAGUAUUGGCAUCGCCGCGCUGGGCAUCAAAGGUGCCUAUGGGGAGUGGAAAGAAGUUAAUGAGAAGCGCAAAGAGACGAAUAAUUUCCGGCAUGAGUGUGUUCGCCGUGCGGUCAAGCGCGAACUUAAGCGCGAACGAAGCACCCGUGGCAGCUCGCUUCCAUCUCAUCGCUCGUCGAAUGAAACUCAAAAUACGUUGGAGAACGGAUAUUCUGGCAGCCAUAAUGUUCUGUCCUAUCAUGAUGGAAAUCCGUACGGAGCCACAACGGAGACACCAGCUAUAACCUAUUAG